AUUGGCUCAGGGUCUCCCACAAGGCUGCAAUCAAGAUGUUGGCUGAGACUGUAUUAUUUAAAGGCUUGCCUGGGGCUGAAGGAUGUGUUUCCAAGAUGGUUCACUCACAUGACUCUUGGCAGGAGACCUCAGUUUGUCACUGCAUGAGCCUCUCCACAGCAGUUUGAGUGUCUUCACAUCACAGCAGCUGGCUUCCUCCAGAGCAAGUGACCCAAGGGAGAAAGAGCAAGGCAAAAAAGCCACAAUGUCAUGCAGAGCCUUGGAAGUGAGGCUGUAUUCUAUUGAUCACAUAGACCAACCGUGAUACCUGUGGGAGAGGACCACACAAGGGCGAGAAUACCAGAGGCAGGGAUCCCUGGGAUCCACCUUGAAAGCUGGCUAUCACAGCAGCUUGGCCUUCCACCAACUAACUUUGCUGUUUUCCUUCCCUGUAGACACUCUUGUGAGGCUUCUGAGGGCCAGGCUCAGGGAGCCAGCCAGUCUGAUCAUGGUUUAGUGGAGGUUUGGUUUAUGAAUCUUGGGAAUAUGUUGAAGUGAUGGGCUAAGAACUCUGUGAAGAACUUCAGUGAGAGAAAUUAAUACUGGGCAUUUUCCCCCCAACAUUGAAGAUUAUAGUGGGACCAUGGAUCUGUUUGGAGACAUAGAUGACAUUUCUUCAGAGAGUGACGGUGACAAUCAACCACCCAUUUCAGGACAGCCUGUUACUGAUGGACGUGGAGUGCCUCAGGACCAGCAGGAGGAAGAGCCAAUUUCUGAAACCAAAAUAGAAGUAGAAAUUCCCAGCAUCAACUCUGAUUUAGGAAAUGAAUUGUACUUUGUUAAACUACCCAAAUUUCUCAGCAUAGAACCCAAGCCUUUUGAUCCUCAGCAUUAUGAAGAUGAAUUUGAAGAUGAGGCAGUGCUUGAUGAAGAAAAUAGAACCAGGUUAAAAUUAAAGAUAGAAAAUACUAUACGAUGGAGGAUACGCCAGGACAAAGAAGGAAAUAAAAUUAAAGAAAGCAAUGCUCGGAUAGUCAAGUGGUCCGAUGGAAGCCUGUCCCUGCAUUUAGGCAGUGAGGUGUUUGAUGUUUACAAGGCCCCGAUACAGGGCAAUCACAACCACCUGUUCAUUAGGGAAGACACUGGUCUGCAGGGACAAGCCAUCUUUAAGUCCAAACUCACCUUCAGACCUCAUGCUACAGACUAUGCCACACAUAGAAAGAUGACCCUGCCACUUGCUAGUAGAUGCUCGAGGACACAGAAGAUUAGAAUCUUACCAAUGGCUGGUCCUGAUCCUGAAUGCCAGCGCACAGAGAUGAUUAAGAAAGAAGAACGUUUGAGGGCUUCUACUCACCAGGAGACCAUCCAUCUGCGGGAAAAGCAGAACCAGCGGGGACCGAGUGCCCCCUACCAGGGCCCCAGCAGUGGUGAGGAGGGUGAAGCCAGCAAGAACCAUGGCCGAGGAGGUGAACCCUCCAGAAAGAGGAAAGCAGGCGGCGAAGAAGAAGAGGAUGACUGAAGCAUGAAACACGUGCUUGCUUAUACCAUGGACUCCCCUUUUUAAAUGAAAAAUAUAAGAUGCUGUCAAUGGAAAAACAAUAUACAAAGCUCUAUACAUGUAACUUUUCCAGAGGACACCUACUGUACAAAGCAAGUAUGUGGAUUAUUUCAUUCAAAUAACAAGAAUCUGCAAUUUAACAAUCAAGGUAUAAUUCCUUAAAAUCUCUAACAAUCUGCUGAUUUUUUAAACACGAAAUGUUUAUUUGGUCUUUUAAACAACAGGCACCGCACCCUUAGAAAAUGUAUUUCACCUAUGAAUUAGACUUCUACUAGGCUUUAGCUCCAAGUAUACAGCACCAAAAUCCAUUUUAAUAAUAUCAAUAUUAUUAAUAUUGAUUUUUUUUAAUACAUACAAUUUCAUGCAAACUGGAAGAAUCAGAACUUCCAAUAUGAAUAUAAAAUUUUAUAAAAUGGGAAAUUAAAAGCUUUUUAAAAAACAGCAAUUUAAAAAUGCAAAGAAUAGUCUUUGCUUAGAUAACCAGGUAAGUAAGUUUACAUUGGUUACACUACAAAAACUUAAAGUCUUAGAAAAUCUUUGGUUUAAAAAUCAAGAGUAUUUCACAACUCCAAUUUGUUAUAAAAAAUUUUAGAGAAAUACAGAAAUACUGAAAGUUACUAAAACGGUAAGAGGUGCCAGAUUUUUAAAGAUCAAAGUAAACAUCAGUUUUCUCCCUUGUAAUUACAAUUCUUGAAAGAUUUUCUGCAUUUAAUCAGAUGAAUGUUCACCCUUAUUUAUUAAGAAAUCUUUUCUUCAAUUAUACAAUGAACUAUUGUAGCUCAGAACUGGAAUGGUACAAGGAAAACACUCAGCUUCUUCAUAACUUUGAUAAAUAAUAAGUGGACGAGAUAUUACCCCAAGUAUAACACACAAUUUUAGGUGGGGCCUACCUACCUAUAUUUAAAAAAAAACUUUGGGGAGGAAAGGGUAACAUACUUAGCAGUUUACUGACUGACUUAAAGGGCAGGGCAAGCAAGGAAGCCUUGCUAAAAGUGUACUGGUAGCUUUGUACAGCUGCUCCAUGCUGACUCCCCACCCUGCUGGAACUGUGCAGUCUCUAAAACCAAGUGCAUUUCCAAAAUCAUUUAUGAAAGGAGAGAGGGAGAGAGCGAGCGAGGGUGAGCUUGACUUGCUAACUUGGAAAAACCUCCAGCACCCUAUAACUGAAAGGGAAUAGCAGUACAGUGCAAAGUCAAUCUUUGGCCCCUUUCAAACAAUGGAUACUGAUUCCCAAAAAACACACACUCAGUCCUCAUGAGGAAAGCUUUUGCCUGUUAAGAAGGCUUAUUACUGUAGCAUGAAAGGAGCUGCCUAGCUCAUUAGAUAAACUGUCCAACCCAAGACAGAGGAGCAGACAUUUUAUAAUUCAAUUUCAAGAAGUUUAAAAAAAAUUAUUAACAACAGACCUCUCCCCUAUUCUGGAAGGAGAUUCUUCCUUUAGAAAAAUCUCCCUGUAAGUGAUACACCCAGGCCUGAACUGUCGAGGCCAGGACUGCUCAGACUCCUUUGCCCCUGUUGCCUGCAGCUGUAACGCCUCUGCCAUC